CACCGACGCUCACUCAUACGCUGUCACGCUGCUCGCUCCCUCUCUUCUUCUCUGCUUUUCCCCUUUCCUUUUCUUACGACACGCUACGGUACUACGCCACUAGGCACUAGCAGCCGAGCGCCUAAACAGCAUUUCGAGGGGCGCUUGGAAAGGACACGACCGAUGAAGGGCUUCGUCACCAUCUCCACCUCAUCGCCGGCCAAGCGGAGGUGGCGCCCGCCCGCCGCCGUGGUGCUCGUCCUCGUCUUCUUCUCUCUCCUCGUUCCCCUCGACUUCCUCUUCGGCCUCCACCGACGCUUCCCCGCCGGUUACUCGAGUGAUGAUCGCCCACCUUCGGAAAUCGCCUUUCGGCACUUGGGUCAUCUGGAUGGUUUCAAUAGUUUCCCGCAGGGCGAAACUUCAAAGAUCAAGAAACUCGUUAGAAGAUUUGGAUCCUCUCUAUCAAAGAAUGCUAGCGGGAAUCCUAGGUCCAAACAAGGUGAAAUCUUCAAUAAUAAGCCUAUCAGUAAUUCCAAUCAGCAGCUGGCUGUGGUAAGGAAAGUUCUUCCUGUGCCAUCAGAUUCACUUUCAAUCUCAAUUAUGAAGCUGGGUGGAACAGAUGGCAAGAAAAGCAAUACCAAAGAUCAAAAAGUUGAGGAAGUCAGAAAUUUUUGCCAGCUUGAAUUAGGAAGCUAUUGUCUUUGGUCCAUUGAAAAUAAAAAAGUAAUGAAGGAUUCAAUGGUGAGGAAACUCAAAGACCAGCUUUUUGUUGCCAGAGCUUACUAUCCAAGUCUAGUAAAACUCCAUGGGCAGCAGAACUUGUCUUAUGACCUGAAGCAGAACAUACAGGAACAUGAACACAUGCUUAGUGAUGCCAUUAUAGAUGCCGAUCUUCCACGUUCUGUGAAAAAGAAUAUACACAAGAUGAAGCUGACAAUUGCAAAGGUCAAAGCAUGUGCUGUUGACUGCAACAAUGUUCACAAAAAACUUAGCCAAAUAGUUGAUCUUACUGAAGAUGAAGCUAAUUUUCAUAUGAAGCAAAGUGCAUUUCUCUACCACCUUGGUGUUCAAACCAUGCCAAAAAGUUUUCAUUGCUUGUCUAUGAGAUUGACAGUGGAGUCUUUUAAACUUUCAACAGGUUUCAAGAAUUCUCAUUCUAAUAAACUUGAAGUCCCCAAAGUUAUGCACUAUGUAAUUUUCUCAAAAAAUAUGAUUGCUGCAGCAGUUACUAUAAAUUCAACAGUGAUGAACUCUGAGGUCAACCAAAAUAUGGUUUUUCAUGUUGUCACAGAUGCACAGAAUUACUAUGCAAUGAAGCUUUGGUUCGCAAGAAAUUCUUAUAGAGAUGCAGAAAUCAUUGUCAUCAAUCUAGAGCAACUGAAUCUUGGAGACCAUAAUAGUGGCCUCUCAAAGCUGUCAUUCUCAGAGGAAUUCCGUGUUUCCUUGUAUAAAACUAGUCAACUAGAAAUGAAUACUGAAUACAUUACAACUUUUGGUCAUUCUCACUUUCUUCUUCCAGAAAUUUUCAAGAAUCUGAAGAAGGUGAUUGUUUUGGAUGAUGAUGUAGUUGUUCAACGUGAUUUAUCAUCAUUGUGGAAUCUUAAUUUGGAAGGAAAAGUAAAUGCUGCGGUUGAGUCCUGUAGGCUGAGACUAGGUCAGCUGAAAAUGCAUUUGGGAAAAAACAGCUAUGAUCCCAACUCUUGUAUUUGGAUGUCAGGACUCAAUGUUAUUGAUUUGGAGAAAUGGAGGGAGCAUAAUGUUACAGAUGCAUACUUCCAACACCUAACAAGUAUUGAAACAAAGAACGAAGCAACUUUGAGAGCUGCAGUUCUUCCUAUAAGCUUCCUUGUGUUUCAGAAUCUUGUAUACCCACUUGAUGAAAAGUGGUCAUUUCCGGGGCUUGGUCACAACUAUGACAUCAAUGCGGAUGCUAUGAAUAAUGCUAUAUCAUUGCAUUACAAUGGCUAUAUGAAACCAUGGCUUGAUCUUGGUAUACCAAAGUACAAAGAGUACUGGAAGAAAUUUCUGACAAAUGAUGAAAGGUUCAUGGAUGAAUGCAAUGUGAACCUGUAGCUGAUAUAGCAUGACUUAUUGGAAGUUUUUGAAUGUUCAAAAAGAGAAGGCCAUCCAUGGCAAGAUGUCUAAUUUAACUUACUGUUUGCUAUCUGAUAUUGUAAUCCUCUAUUUGAUAAAUCUUUGCAUAGCAAUCACUUGGGUUAGAUGAAGACCGCAAAAUUUUUGAAAUUCAAGGCAAUCAGAAGUUAGCUUUAUUGAGCAGUUAAUCAAUAGUUGGAAUUAAGGUUGCAGUUGCUAUGUUGGAUGAUUUGGAAGGAGCAACUGUUAGAAGACAAAAGAUGCGCACAUGGUUCUUUGUAAACAUUUAUCCUUUUGGAAGUUAAUUUUUCAUCCUCUUUUUCUUUCCA